GCGAGUGCUGUUGCGGGGGCGAGUGUGGGCGCAGUCUUCGUUUCGCAUUCGCGCCUCCGCGGCGCGGCGGAGACGCACCGCACGGCCGAAGGUCGGUGGAAUCGCGCAGGGCGGCGUGGGCGGCGGGAGAAGCGGCUACUCGACGCGGCGCCCGCGCAGAUAAGCGGCCGCCCGUUUGACAGUCGACGGACGACGCCCGCGGUCUCUGCCUCCGCGCGUCGUACAUCGCCUCGCUGCCACAGGUAACGCCGCUUCGAACAGCAGAAGUCGACAUGUGCUGCUGCUCAGAAAAAGGAAGAUCGCGGUGUCUCUUCUACGGAGGCGCCGUGCUCCUGGUGGUUGGCGCCGUCAUGGGCGGCUGCUGGCUGUACACCUUCGACGCCAUCUUGCGCUGGCAAUUGGUACUAGCACCUGACUCAACGAGUUUCAAUCUGUGGGAUGACAUCCCCAUCCCCAUUUAUAUGGAGUUCACGCUGUUCAACGUCACAAAUGCAGACAAGGUCGCUAGAAAUCCCAAUCUUGCGCCUCAAGUCGUCGAGAUGGGUCCUUAUGUUUUCAGAGAAUAUCACAAACGAGCCAACAUUACUUGGAAUAACGAAAAUAAUACCGUUACUUACAUGCAGUAUCGAACUUAUGAAUUCCAACCGCACCUCUCCAAUGGUGAACUCACAGACAAAGUUACAAAUUUCAACAUAAUUUCCACGACGACCGCGUACGGCGCGCGCUACCUCCCGAAGCUGCUGCGCCUCUUCAUCAGCCGCAUGAUCGACAAGACGAAUGCGACGAUGCUGGUGACGCGCACCGCGGGCGAGCUGCUCUUCGACGGCUACGACGACCCGCUGCUCGACAUCGCGCACCAGCUCAACUCCUCGCUCUUCACCAUCCCCUUCAGGAGGUUCGCCUACUUCGCGGAGCGCAACAACUCCGUGGAGUACGACGGCGUGUUCAACAUGUACACGGGAAAGGACGACUUGAAGAAGCUGGGUCUGCACGCCAGCUGGAACUACCAGAAGCACACGGAGUACUACGGCUACCCGUGCAACAAGGUCCGCGGCUCCUCCGGGGACCUUUGGCCGCCCGUGGACGACUACAGGGCUGCAGAGAUCUUCGUCCCAGACCUUUGCAUGGCUGUGCCGCUGCCGUACGCAUACGAGACCAAGUUCCUGGGCGUGCCCGGGCUCGUGUACGAGGGCGACAACAGCUCCAUGGACAAUGGCCAGCUGUACCCGGAGAAGGCGUGCAACUGCAUGGGCGAGUGCGUGCCCAGAGGCGCGCUCAACAUCUCGCUGUGCCGUUGGAACGCCCCGCUCGUCCUGUCCAUGCCGCACUUCUACCAGGCGGACCCCGUCUACCUGUCGUUCUCCGAAGGACUGAACCCCGACGCCGAUAAGCACCGCGUGGAGUUCGCGCUCAACCCGGCAUCCGGGAUUCCAUUAUUCGCAAACGCACGCUUCCAACUCAGUCUUAUGCUGGACAAGUUUACAGAUAUAGAAUGUACGAAAAAAUCAACGGGCGCAAGUGGGUGCCGAUGGUGUGGUUCAACCAGCGCGUGGCGCUGACGGAGGACCUGGCGCCGCUGGUGGGUCUGAUCGUGAUGGCGCCGCAGCUGGGCGCCGGCAUCUUCUUCGGCCUGGCCGCCGUCGGCACGCUCAUGAUGGUGGCGGAGCUGAUGCUGCGGCUGCGGCCGGCGUGGAGAGACCCCGAGGAGAACGAGCCGCUGCUCAGCGCGGAGGACGACCCCGCCGCCGCCGCCUACGCCCGCUCCCCGCGCCCGUCCAUAAUCCCUCGCGCGUCCCACCUGCCUCGCCACUCCACCAACACCAUUUCCGUGUACCCCCGCCUGGAAUGAGAGUGGGCCCUGCACCAAGCCUCACGAUUAGCGCGUUGGAACCAUUUUGAUUUUUCUUUUCUUUUUUUUCUUU